AUGACGGAGCCGCGCAGGCUGUCGUUCCGCGACGGCCGCCUCGCGUCGCGGAAGGCGGAGGAAGCAGCAUUGAGGCGGCAUCAGGCUGCAGCCUGGCUCCAAGCAAUGGUGGGCUCCUUCGGCCUGGCCCCUUAUCCGUCGGAGCAGGAAUUUGUUGCUUCUCUAAGGAAUGGCAUUGUUCUAUGCAAGGCAAUCAACAAGUUACAGCCUGGUGCUGUGGCCAAGAUUAUCACAAAUGCCCCCUGCGAUAGCCAGCCGUUGACGGCUUUUCAGUAUUUCGAGAACAUCCGCAACUUCUUAGUUGCUGUGAACAAACUGAAGCUGCCGAGUUUUGAGGCAUCUGAUUUAGAUAAGGACAAUCUUGAUGCUGGGACAGUGGGCAAGAUUGUCGACUGUGUAAUUUCAUUGAAGUCUUACCAUGAAUGGAAGCAAGCCGGUGGAGCCAAUGGGCCUAUCAAGUACAUGAAAUCACCUCUUGCAGUGCGUUCUUCGCAUAUUCAAUCCGAAAAUGUUGCUUUGGGACCUCCUUCCCAAAAGUGUCUAGACUUGACAGAGGCUGAUGCUGACACACUGCCAUUUCAAAAUGUAGAUCCUAACAUGAAAGAGGCAGUGGAGAAACUUCAGAAAGUUAUAGUAGAUUCUAUGUUGAGUUAUAAGGAAAAUUUUGACCAAGACAUUCUGAAAAAGGAUCCAACAAAGCUUAUUGGUGCUGUUUUAGCAAAUCAGCUGGGAAAAGAACAGCUUUUAUCUCCAGAAAAGCUUAUGGCGGAGAAUGAGCCAACUCAUUGUAUUGAGCAUUCCAACUCACAAAUUGAGAACAAACAGUUGCUGUUGCAAGCACAUGAAACUGAACUUUUGGACCUCAAGAAAAUGUUUCAAGAUGUUAAAGUCAACUUCAGGUGUUUGCAGACCCAAUUUCUAGAUGACAUGGCCAAAUUAGGUGAAAAUAUCCAAGAUCUUUCCAAAGCUGCCCUUGGUUAUAACCAAGCUGUAAAAGAAAACAGAAACUUGUAUAACAUGCUUCAAGAACUGCGAGGAAAUAUCCGAGUCUUCUGCCGGAUAAGGCCACUUCUUAAUUCAGAGUCUAUUUCUUCAAUCGAACAUAUUGGAACCGAUGGCUCAGUGAUGGUCUGUGAUCCAGUUAAACCACAAAGUGCACGUAAAAUCUUCCAGUUCAACAAAGUUUUUGGGCCAACAACUACUCAAGAUGAGGUGUAUAAGGAGACACAACCUUUUGUUAGAUCUGUCAUGGAUGGAUAUAACGUAUGCAUAUUUGCUUACGGGCAGACAGUUCCUGACAUUGAGUUCACAUUAGAUAUAAGAGCUUCCUUGAACAAUGGUUUAUUGAACCUUCCAGAUGCAAAGAUCUGCCCAGUGCAGUCUCCUUCUGAUGUUAUCAAUUUGAUGCAGUUGGGUGAAAAGCACCGAGCUUCCGGAUCAACAGCAAUAAACCAUAGAAGCAGUCGUUCCCACAGUAUCUUAACUGUCCAUGUAAAUGGAAAGGACAUUGCUGGCAAUGUGAGCCGUAGCAGUUUGCACUUGGUGGAUCUUGCAGGAAGCGAAAGGGUUGAUAGGUCAGAAGCCACAGGAGACAGAUUGAAGGAGGCUCAGCAUAUUAACAAGUCCCUCUCCUGCCUUGGAGAUGUCAUCAACGCAUUAGCACAGAAGAACUCUCACAUUCCUUACAGAAAUAGUAAACUCACCCAACUACUACAGAGUUCAUUAGGGGGGAAUGCAAAAACGCUAAUGUUUGCCCACAUAAGUCCGGAAGCAGAAUCUUGUGCAGAAACCCUUAGUACACUGAAAUUUGCUCAGAGGGCUUCUACUGUAGAACUUGGAACUGCACACGCAAACAAAGAAAGCAGUGAAAUAAGAGAGCUUAAAGAACAGGUAGACACUCUGAAAAAGGCAUUAGCAAGCAAAGAACUGGAAAAAUCAUCUCUUAAACUGAAGGAAAAUGCAACCACAAGUGAGAGAACAAAGCAAGUACUGGAUCGCACACCCCCUAGGCCACGGAGAUUAAGCCUAGAGAAUGCUAGUUCUGAUAAAGCCAGGAUGCCAGAAAGAAAAAUACUGAAAUCGCCUCGUUCAGCUAUGGGUAUAACCCAUGACAAGGAAUGCAACACUGAUGGCUUCCGUCACACCAACCACCACGAAUCACGAAUAAAGAUGCCAGAGACAUGCGCUGAAGAUCUUGUUAGAGAGGAGGAGAAGAUAAUUUGUACAGUUGAUACAGUGGAAUUUUGUCAGCUACAACCUGAAGCUUAUAAUCUACUUAAGCAAUCAGGAUUAAAUACUCCAGAGGCAGCACCAUGUAGGUCAAGGAACCUGUGCACUGAAGCAAGUUGCGGUGAUGCUCCUUCUUCCACCACCAAAUUGGAGAAAAUAAUGAUAGGUACUGCAGUGAAGAAAGGAUCUCAUCUAAGGAAGUCAAUUCAAAGCAGCAUAGGGAGAUUGAUUCACGGCACUGAAAGAAGGAACGUGCAACAUUCAGCACAAGGGACUCCAACUAAAAUCACAGCCAACGCAUGCCAUAAUAUUGCCUCCCCAGUUACAGCUGAUAUUAGGUUAAGGAGAAGACAGUCACUGACAGGUAUCCCACCACCGCCGUCAACUAUGUCACGCAGAUCUUCUCUUGGAGGGAAGAAGUCGGAUACAAGUUCAAAUGACAAAAGAGGUGCAAAAACACCACCUCCAGUGAACUCGGCAGCAAAGGCUAAAAGAUGGCUUUGA